CUUUGUUUUCCACAUGGGAAGCUGGUGAAGAGGUCACAGCACAACCGCCGGUGUAGCAAAGAGUGCGGCUGAUGGCUGGCCGGCUGCUGAAACUUUCCUCUUUGGCCACGGCAGUCUUUGCCUCCUCUGGAGUUUACCUUUACAAUCGACAACUGGAUUUCAAUGACCUAAGUUUGAUCCGCUUUGGACGAGCUGCUGCCACUACUGCAGUCAUCAGCUAUGACUACCUCACUGCGUUCAAAUACGUGGACCAUGGCACUGAGGAGUAUUGGGCCCUCAAGUCCAAGGUACAUCGACGUUCGGCAGAGCGUCUUCGAGAUCUGUGCUGUGCCAAUCGGGGUACCUUCAUCAAGGUGGGCCAGCAUCUGGGCGCUCUAGAUUAUCUCCUCCCGGAGGAGUACACGACCACACUAAAAGUCCUCCAUAGCCAGGCUCCUCAGAGCAGCAAGGAGGAGAUCCAGCAGGUUAUUCGAGAAGACCUUGGCAAGGAGCUGUCAGAGUUAUUCGUCUUCUUUGACGAGAAGCCGCAGGGAGCCGCCUCGUUAGCCCAGGUCCAUAAAGCAGUGCUGCAUGAUGGGAGGACAGUGGCUGUGAAGGUCCAACACCCCAAAGUACAAAGACAAAGCUCCAAAGAUAUUUUGGUGAUGGAGGUGUUGGUCAGAGCCGUCCACUGGCUCUUCCCAGACUUCGCCUUCAUGUGGUUGGUGGAAGAGGCCAAGAAAAACAUGCCGCUAGAGCUGGACUUCCUGAAUGAAGGCCACAACGCAGAGACUGUAUCAAAUAUGCUGACCCACUUCCCCUUCCUCAAGGUUCCUGUGAUCCACUGGGACCUGUCCACUAAGAGGAUUCUGACCAUGGAGUUUGCUGAGGGAGGGCAGGUCAACGAUAGAGAGUAUAUGAACGCCCACGGCAUCGAUGUCAAUGAGAUUUCACAAAACCUGGGCAAAAUAUACAGCGAAAUGAUCUUCAUACACGGCUUUGUCCACUGCGACCCCCACCCUGGCAAUGUGUUGGUUCGAAAAUGUCCCAAAAGCAAGAAGGCAGAGAUUGUUCUACUUGACCACGGCCUUUAUCAGGUGCUCCAACCAGACUUCCGGAUGAACUACUGCCGGCUAUGGCAGGCACUGAUCAGCGGAGACAUGUCUGGGGUGGAGCGCUACAGCCGCAAACUUGGAGCUGGAGAUCUCUACCCACUCUUCGCUUGCGUACUCACUGCUCGCUCAUGGACCGCCGUCAACUCUGGCAUCGGCUCUGUUCCCGUCACAGCCUCUGAGGAUGUUGAAAUCCGGACCAACGCGGCUCUUUACCUGCCCCAGAUCAGCGAUCUCUUGAACAGAGUUCCUCGGCAGAUGUUGCUGUUGCUGAAGACCAACGACCUGCUGAGGGGAAUCGAAACCACCCUACAGACCAGAGCCUCGUCUUCGUCCUUCAUCAACAUGUCACGCUGCUGCAUACGUGCAUUGGCCAGGCACAAGAGGAGUAAGACUCAGUCCAGGAAGGAACUUCUGCAGAUCACACUGGUAGAGUCCUUCAACCUCUGGAGACUCUGCAUGUAUGAAUUGUUUCUGUGGUUGAAGAGUUCAUUGUUGGGACGGGGGCUUUCUACUCUGCAUGCAUUUCUACACUGAGACAUGAUGACACCAUGCUGGAACGCCAGCGCCCGUUAUGUGCUCAUGAAGGAUUGUCUUAACGAUAACGACAUAUCUGUCUGCUUUUGCCAAAACAUCCCAUGUGGAGUCCAGCCAUCAUACUUGUUACUGUUUGUUACUGUAUGCCAUGAAUGAAGACACACAACACAUUCUAGAAAGGAAAUCUAUUUUAAAAACAGCAAAAUUAAAUCAAUAUCUACAUAUAUCACAAUACCAGAUUUCCUUGCCACAACAACAGGCUUUUAUUGCAGGUUUGAAUCUCACAACAGACACAAUAAUAAUAAUAUACUUAAAAAAACACUGUUGCGGCCACUGAAAUUCAAUUCUGAAUCCCAGGUGCCACUUCUUCAACCCCCACCCCCCCCCCCCCCACCCCCCCACCAAACUCCCUGAGCACAGCAACACAACACUAGUAGGGAUGGGACGACGCGUCGACGUCAUCGAUUACAAAAUCGAAUCAAAUCGUAUUUACAAAUCGUUAGAUUAAUUGAUGCAUCGAAAAACUAUUUUCUAGAUUAAUCGAUUACAAAAAUAAUCGUUUGACCCAGCCCUGGUCACUAGGUGUCGUUAAUGUUGCUGCCAUGUUUGGUGAGACACACAAGCACCAGAUUUUCUUGCCACAACAACAGGCUUUUAUUGCAGGUUUGAAUCUCACAACAGGCACAAUAAUAAUAAUAUAUUUAAAAAAAAAACACUGUUGCGGCCACUGAAAUUCAAUUCUGAAUCCCGGGUGCCACUUCUUCAACCCACCCCCCCACCCCCACCAAACUCCCUGAGCACAGCAACACAACACUAGUAGGGAUGGGACGACGCGUCAACGUCAUCGAUUACAAAUUCGAAUCAAAUCGUAUUUACAAAUCGUUAGAUUAAUUGAUGCAUCGAAAAACUAUUUUCUAGAUUAAUCCAUUACAAAAAUAAUCGUUUGACCCAGCCCUAGUCACUAGGUGUCGUUAAUGUUGCUGCCAUGUUUGGUGAGACACACAAGCACCAGAUUUCCUUGCCACAACAACAGGCUUUUAUUGCAGGUUUGAAUCUCACAACAAACAUUAAUAAUAAUAUAUUUUAAAAAAAACCACUGUUGCGACCACUGAAAUUCAAUUCUCAAUCCCGGGUGUCACUUCUUGUCUGGACCCCCCCACCCGGCCAAUCCCACCACCAAACUCCCUGAGCACAGCAACACACCACUAGUAGGGAUGGGACGACGCGUCGACGUCAUCAAUGACAAAAUCAAAUCGGAUUUAAAAAUCGUUAGAUUAAUUGAUGCAUCGAAAAACUAUUUUCUAGAUUAAUCGAUUACAAAAAUAAUCGUUUGACCCAGCCAUGGUCACUGGGUGUCGGUAAUGUUACUGCCAGGUUUGGUGAGACACACAAGCACCAGAUUUCCUUGCCACAACAACAGGCUUUUAUUGCAGGUUUGAAUCUCACAACAAACAUUAAUAAUAAUAUAUUUUAAAAAAACCACUGUUGCGACCACUGAAAUUCAAUUCUCAAUCCCGGGUGUCACUUCUUGUCUGGACCCCCCGACCCGGCCAAUCCCCCCACCAAACUCCCUGAGCACAGCAACACAACACUAGUAGGGAUGGGACGACGCGUCGACGUCAUCGAUUACAAAAUCGAAUCAAAUCGUAUUUACAAAUCGUUAGAUUAAUUGAUGCAUCGAAAAACUAUGUUCUAGAUUAAUCGAUUACAAAAAUAAUCGUUUGACCCAGCCCUGGUCACUAGGUGUCGUUAAUGUUGCUGCCAUGUUUGGUGAGACACACAAGCACCAGAUUUCCUUGCCACAACAACGGGCUUUUAUUGCAGGUUUGAAUCUCACAUCAGGCACAAUAAUAAUAAUAUAUUUUAAAAAAAAAAACACUGUUGCGGCCACUGAAAUUCAAUUCUGAAUCCCGGGUGUCACUUAGUGUCUGGACCCCCCCCCCAAUCCUCCACCAAACUCCCUGAGCACAGCAACACACCGCUAGUAGGGAUGGGACGAACCCUAACCCUAAAUUCAAUUCUGAAUCCCGGGUGCCACUUCUUGUCACCCCCCCCGGCCAAUCCCCCCACCAAACUCCCUGAGCACAGCAACAUACAGUAGCAUGAGUCUUAUUUACUGGUAUUGUUUGUACUAUAUUGGGUGAUAACUAUUAUUAUUAAUAUUAUUAUUUUAGAGGGCUCUAAUAAUGUUAAAAAGUGCAUUUAGAAGGUCAUAAACAGGUGUUCCAUUCUCCAACUAUGAUAUUUUGUUUAUAAAUAAGGUUUCCUACGUUGCGAAAACUUCAGGUCGAGGAUCUGGUAUUACGAUAGAUGGGGUUCGGAGUAAACAUAGUUGGCUGUACUGUAGUACUGUAUAUGUGUAAGGAUUUGGGUUUUUAAAUACUUAAAAUACUCGUGUACCUCCACAUUAUGGACCGUGAAAAAGGCUCUGGAUUGUUAUUAUUCAUAUUUGAUCAAAUGAUUUAUUAUUAUUAUUAUUAUAUUUGUACACCGUACUAUUAGGUCAGAAGCUGUAAUCUCAAUGUUUAUAAUGCUCGAGUAGUAUUAUUGUUGUAUUAUUUGCAUAAUGAUGAUGUUUUUAUUAGGGAUGCUCUGAUCAGGGUUUUAUGCUGUCGAUUCAAUAAUUCUUUAUUUAGUUGAAUAAAUACUCAAAAUAAAUACCUUUAUAAAAUAGAAAAUUAUCCUGCUUAACUUAAAGAGAAUAAAUUGAGGUCUCGGGGGUCUCCAACCUUCUAUUAGAGCUGUUUGUAUUUUAUUUAUGAUUGGCAACAUUUGAUUUACAAAGCACAUCUCUACUCAAAUGGUGUGGCCAUUGACUUUAUUUUGUGCUCAUUUGUCAUAAUAUAACAGCAUCAACCUUUAACAUUUACAAUAAAAUACUAGGUUGUAAAAUAAGUAAAUAACUAAAACUAAAUAACUAAAUAAUAAUAUAUAAUAAAUAAUAUGUAUAAUAAUAUAAUAUAUAUAUAUAUAUAAUAUAAACAUAAUAACUAAAGCAGAUACUCUCUAACCCAUUGGGAGCUACCAGCGACCCCAGUGAGUACGACCGGGAUAGAAAAUGGACGGAUAGUGAGCUAUUCCAACUCAUGUGCCGAGCAUAAGGCCGCCCCCACGAUGUGUUUAGGGUCAUUACAUAACCACACGCAUGCCCCUUGGAAGUGAUAUCCAUUUCCCCGUGGGACAAAAACGAGCUCCAAACUAACCACAUUGAUUGUUUCCUUUAAAAACAAAAUGUCACUGUGGUAAAAGUGACUUUUGUAGUCCAGAGAUGAGAAGCUAGGCAUAUAUUGACAGUUACUAUGGUAACCAUUAUGUCAUUGUUGUGUGGUCAUAUCACCUCGUACUUCGGUACGAGGUACAAAAAAAAAAAAAAAACAACCUUAAACUGUAUUAUGAAAAGCAGGAAGUGAACAAAUGUAACAGUUAGUGAUUGUAAAAGUACUAAAUGGAGGGGUAGGAUUUAAUAAGCUUUGGUUCUUCCUACUCCUUUUGGACAUGUGGAACUGGGAACUGAUUAUGGGAUGCACUCAAUUGGAAUCUGAUGCAUGUUCAAAUGAAAUUAAACCAUUACCAUAAUUCUAGCUAGCUAGCCGGCACAGGUGAGAGCUAGGCAAAACGCGUGAAGAAGAACCAGCUGCCAAUCAGAGACUAGUGUUGAUUCUCACAGCAACACAGGACCAAGUGCGUUCCUUGUCGGCUCAGUACGGGUGGGGCCCGUGGGGCCACAUUCAUGUCAUGUUUGUGUAGUCAUGACAUGAAUUGCCAUGUCGCCGCUUUUUGUGAUCGGCUGUGAAAGGCAUUGAUCAUCAUAUGCUGAUCACGUUUUUACAGAAAUUGGCAGAUGGAUCGGAGCAUCCCUGAUUUUGAUAGCAUUCUCUUAGGUCAAAUACUGUAAUCUCAUUCCACAAGCAGACCAGUUUGUCAUAUUUGAAUUGAAGACAUUUGUAUUUAUUUCAUUAACAAAUGACUCAUUGUUUACACCAGCGAUUUUCAACCACCGUGCCACGGCACACUAGUGUACCUUGAGAAACCGUCAGGUGUGCCGUGAGGAAUUAUCCAAUAUCACUUUUUAUAAUUAACAUUUAUUAAUCAUCAUUUGCAAAUGUGAUGUCAAUAGCCAUUAUGUCAAUAGUCUACAUGGACCCAAAUAUUCCAAUUCACUUUUGUUUAUUUGCUCAAACGGAAAGAAUUGAACAGGGAUGGAAUAUUCCUUUAACCAAUCCGAUUGAGGUAUCUUGUACCCGCUCAAACGGAAAGUUGUCAGGGUGCCUUCUUCUUCCUGGUGUUUUUCUUCUUCUGUUGUUUAUUGGCGGUUGGCAAGCAGCUUUCGUAUGCAUUAGCGCCAUCUGUGGAACAGAAUCUAAACCCUUCUAUACUUUAUUCACAAGUGCAGUUUUAUAAAAAAAUAAAAUAUAUAUCUAUAUAAAACAUGUCCUGAGUUUAAUUAUAAAAUAUUAGCAAGAUUGAAUUUGAUCUUUUCCUGUUUAAAUUGAUCCCGGGUGCGUUCUUUCAGCGCAUGCUCAGAUAUGAUGUAACACGCAGAUCCAGACGUUCUUCACUUUUAAAAAUGGAGGCCAGCAAUCGGCACUGGACUAAGCAAAGUUUGUUUUUGAUUCAAACUAAAUUUCAAGACUGGACAGACGAAAAACUGGCAAUACGGAGUUAUUCCAACAAGUGAAAGAAUAACUCGGGGAAGCCGGUAUCACGUGAUAUUGAUGUUUACGUUUUACUGGGCAUGCCCUAUUGACUAUUCCGGUUGAUUUUCACGGCGCAUGUAGACAAGAGAUUGGAAUAUUCCUUUCCAUGGAUACCAUUGUUUCCCGAAAGGUCAUUGGGAAAGAGAAAAAGUGGUGAUGUAAAAACGUGGCUACUGUGGAGUGUCUGUGGUGUAAAGACUGGCAUAGCAAUGUAAUAUUGGUCCGUGUGGCAACACCUAGCUUGUUCCUCCCAUAGACUUAUUGAUGCACGUGUGAGGUCGUGGUGACAUUUUGGAACAUUUUUGGUUAGUGGUGUGCCACGAGAUUUUUACAAUGUAAAAAACGUGCCGUGGCUCAAAAAAGGUUGAAAAACACUGGUUUACACUCCUUCCACUGAUAUAAAGAUUGUGAAAUGCUUGUCGCCUCAUUAAGUUUGUGUACAUGAAUUAAAUGGAUGUUGACCAAUUUUCAGACAUUUUUUGUAGCCAAAACUCCCGUGGGCUGUGGUUGCAUGUGGAAUUGUCUUGCUCAGUUGUCUUGCUGUGUUUAUUUUACAUGCAAUGCAGUUUUUGCUGUAUCCGUACUGUAUUGCAUGGUUAAAGCUCUGAGACAACUUGUGUACUAAAAGGUAUUUCAUUAAAAGUACAAAGAAAAGCAAAUGCGUAAAAAACAGAUAGCUCAACAA